AUGGAGAGUCAUGGGGAAGCUGAGAUCGAGGUAUAUCUCAACUGCAGCCACUGUCAGACCCAGAGCUGUAAGAGAGAUGAAGAUACCAGACUCAUCCUCUGCCUGUGCGACAGCGACGAGGUUCUUGCAUCAGACAACGUCACCUGCCUAGUUGUUCAACUGGGCUCUCUGGCAGACAGACCCCCAUCUCUGAUAUUUAUCCUGGCAGUGAUUGCGUCCACAGUAGUCACGGGUGUCGUUCUGACCUGUGCCAGCCUCAUGCUCAUCUAUUACCGUAAGAAGAACCACCUGCAUGCGGUCAGGAUUCGACUACAGAGCCCAGAGUACAAGCUUAGCAAAAUCCGCUCGUCCACCAUAAUGACUGACUACAACCCCAACUACUGCUUUGCUGGCAAGGCGGCCUCACUGAGUGAGCUUAAAGAGGUUCCACGCAAGAACAUCACCCUCCUCAGGGCGUUGGGACACGGUGCCUUUGGGGAAGUGUACGAAGGACAGGUUUUGGGUAUGAAUGGAGAAAACACAGCCAUGCAGGUUGCUAUAAAGACUCUUCCAGAAAUCUGUUCUGAGCAGGAUGAGAUGGAUUUCCUAAUGGAGGCUCUGAUUAUGAGUAAGUUCAGCCAUCAGAACAUUGUGCGCUGUAUUGGCGUCAGUCUGCAGAUCCUGCCUCGCUUCAUACUGCUGGAGCUCAUGACAGGAGGAGACAUGAAGACUUUCCUCAGACUAAACCGACCCAGAACUAAUCAGCCGUCUUCUCUAAGUAUGCUGGAGCUUCUGCAUAUGGCCAGAGAUAUCGCACUUGGCUGUCGUUAUCUAGAGGAGAACCACUUCAUCCACAGGGACAUUGCAGCACGAAACUGCCUUUUGACCUGUCCUGGUCCAGAGAGAGUGGCUAAAAUUGGAGAUUUUGGGAUGGCUCGAGAUAUUUAUAGGGCGAGUUACUAUAGGAAGGGUGGCCGUGCCAUGUUGCCGGUGAAGUGGAUGCCACCUGAAGCCUUUCUAGAGGGCGUUUUUACAUGCAAGACUGACACCUGGUCUUUCGGGGUACUGCUGUGGGAGAUUUUCUCUCUUGGAUACAUGCCUUAUCCCUGCAAGACCAAUCAGGAAGUGCUGGAGUUUGUAACAGGUGGAGGUCGUAUGGAUCCUCCUAAGAGCUGCCCAGGCCCUGUUUAUCGGAUCAUGACACAGUGUUGGCAACACUGUCCAGAACACAGACCAAACUUCUCGACUAUUUUAGAGAGGAUCAACUACUGUACACAGGACCCUGAUGUCAUCAACACCCCUCUUCCAGUGGAGCAUGGUCCAGCUGCCGAAGAAGAAGGCAGCACUGUGAUCCGUCCUGAAGGAUCAGGCAGUAUGACCCCUCUUCUAGUGGCCCACUCUAUGUCCCAGGAUGCUUCUCCUCGACUGGGCAUCACCGGUGCUGCCCCACAGGCCCUCAAACCUACAAAGCUACAAAGACCAGUCCAUCUCACACAGGAGGUGGGUACGUACCGAGAAACUUUGGAGACUUGUUGGGCUGAGCCGGUUCCUGCUCCUGGAGUCUGUCCAGGACAGUGGCUUCAAGUUCCAGAGCACCGACCGUGCUCCAGGAGUAGUUCAUCAUCAGGCAGCCAGAAGCUAAAGAACAAGACAAAAAACCUUUGGAACCCCACUUACGGUUCCUGGGUCCUGGAGAGCUUUGGACGAGGGAAGACAGCCCUGUGCCACACCCAGUCCAUGCCUCUGUCUUGCAACCCCACGUUCAUGUCUGUCCCGUCCACUACCUCAGAGCGCAUUGACCCUGGAGUAGAAGUUAACACAAAUGUCUCGUCAUCCCCACAUCCAUCUGCUGCAUCCUCCCAGACCGCAUUCAGUCCGACAGUGACUUCCUCUCAGAAGGGUCCAACAGGGGAUACGGGCGGCUCGCUCGCUGUGGUUAUGGACUUGGCAAAACUCCAAAGCUUCCCGUGUGGCAACGUAAACUAUGCGUACGACGAGCAGAGCUACGAGACUGAGAAUUUGCCUGUAGUUGUGUCCAAAUCUGUGGAGCUCAGCACCAGCUCUUCAGCUACAUCUUCACUGGCUGUCCUCGGCCUGGCCGCAACAUUUACCCACAAACCACAGGUGAAGCGCCAUGCUAGCUACGGACAUGAGGACGUAAGGAGGUACACCCAGUCUGAGAAGCCCAUGAGGGACAGAGAUUCUGGCUUUUCCUUGUCUGAAGACCUCAGUGUCACCCCCGUGUAGCGAUCCGACUGAGGAAAUGCCUCAUAUUUGGUGUUAUUUUGUUUCUGACACAGAGGUAUUUUACUGCAAUAACUGCAGUGGAUUAGCUAGAGGCGGAAUGACAGGUUAAGGCUGGAAUACGCUUUAUGACUUUUGAAAUCUGAAUACAUUUUAAAACACUAGGCAUCAUACACUUAAAGGGAU